AUGGCGGUUGAAGAUGACUUCAGUUUCCCCACCGCCUUCGACUCCUUCACCCGCUGCAGCAUCGAUUCCCCGCCUCUCUGGCGCGCCUCUCCCGCCGCAUCUCCCAUUUCCGAUUCCAACUUCAGAGACACCACGGCCCAUACUGACAGGACCGAUCGCUUCGCCGCCGUCACAUUUACGUCCUCCUUGCACAGGAGGAGGAAACUCGAGAGCGACGAGGAGACGGAUGCCGCGGCGGCGGAGAAGAUGGAUGUGCUCUGGGAGAAUCUCAACGAGGACUUAUCGAGGAAUCGAAGAUCGAGGUUGAUGAAAUCGGCGGAGAUUGAAUCGGUUGAGAUAGCGGAUUUGGAUCCGUCGCAAACGUCGAGGAGCACGGCGACGAGGAGGAAGAAGACGACGACGGGGAUUGUUAAGGUUUUGAAGAAGCUUUUCUUGAUGCAGAACACUUCCCGCCGGAAUCUGGAAACUCGAUCAGCCUGA